AUGAACAAGCAGCAGUGUGCCAUAAUGGUUUCUUUGCACUGGGGAGGAGAAUUUCUUCAUUCCAUCGUUCAGUGGCUCCUUAUCAUUUUUUUGCCUUUCUGUGGCCCCAAUGAUAUUGAUCACUAUUUCUUCAAUGUUUACCCUCUCCUGGAACUGGCCUGCACAGAUACUGACGUGAUAGGAUUUUUAGUCCUCUCCAAUUUAGGGACAAUUGCAUUGAUCUCGUUUAUAGUCUUGGUCUUCUCUUAUGUCACCAUUUUAGCCAGUCUGAGGACCUGCUCUUCGGAAGGACGACACAAAGCCCUCUCCUCCUGCACUUCCCACAUCAUCGUGGUGGCAUUGCUCUUAUUGCCCUGCAUUUUCAUUUACCUCUGGCUGGCCCAGACCUUCCCCGAGGAUAAGGUGUUUGCUCUGUUUUACAUCAUCAUUACCCCCAUGUUCAACCUCCUCGUCUAUACGUUGAGGAACAGAGAGAUGAAAACGGCCAUGAGAACGAUCGAUCACUAUUUCUGUGAUGUUUACCCUCUCUUGGAACUGGCCUGCUCAGACAGUGAUGUGACUGGAUUUUUAGUCCUCGCUAAUUCAGGGACAAUUGUAUUGAUCUCAUUUGUAGUCUUGAUCUUCUCUUAUGUCACCAUUUUAGCCAGUCUGAGGACGGAUGGCAUAAAGCCCUCUCCACCCGCGCUUCCCACAUCACCGUGGUGGCACGGUGGACUUUUCUUGUCCUGCAUCUUCAUUUACCUCUGGCAGGCCCAGACCUUCCCCAAGGAUAAGGUGUUUGCUCUGUUUUACACUCUCAUUGCCUCCAUGUUCAACCCCCUCAUCUACACGCUGAGGAACAGAGCAAUGAAAACGGCCUUGAGGAAGGGUUAUAGCCAAUCUACUAGCAGUGGGGUUGAAGUCAUGGAAAAUUAA